AUGGCUUUUGAUUUGAGGCAAGUUAUGGCUGCUUUUCUAACAUUUUCGAUGUUCGUAAUGCUUGGAAACAUGAUAAAGAGAGACCAUAUCGAUCCACUAAUUGAAUGGGAAUCACUGCCGGUUAAGUACAGCAAUCUGAAGCCGACUUCGAAACCCAAAGUGCUGAAGUUAUCUGAAAUCAACAACGGGCCAUGGCUGGAACAUGACGAACCCGUCCAGACCUGCUGGAGAAACCCCAUUCUGAAGAGCAAACAGCAGUCUGGCGGAUACGUCUUCGUGUCCUUGACUCAUGGUCCGGAGUACCACGCUUCGCAGGUGGCAAACGCUGUUUUGAUUGCGAGGAAGCUCGGUGCAACUCUGGCACUACCUGAUAUCACCAAAUAUAAGUCGGGCGAGAAGAGGAGCUUUUCUGAGGUCUAUAACCUUGAUAAAUUCCUCGCAAGCCUCAGUGGAGUAGUCCCGGUUGAAAAAGCUCUGCCGGUCAAGCUGUUAUACAGCAGGCUCCCUAUUGUCCAAGUCCCCGAACAAGUCUCAGAGGAAUUUAUUUCCUCCAAAAUAAUGCCCGUUUACCUCAGCAAGAGGAACUUGAAGAUCUUCACGUACUUCACCUCCUCUGCCAAGGUGAACGGGUCCGUGAAUCAGCAGUCAAACGCGUACCAGUGUUUGGCCAUGUUCGAGAGCCUGAAGCUUCAGCCCUGGCUGCAGAAGCUGGCUGAUUCUAUGGUAGGGACUUUACGGAGUCUCAGCAUGACUAUGGGCGGCCGGUUUCUGGUCGUGGAUUUUCGAGUUGAGAUGUUGGGACAACUUGCGUGCAUGGAUAGUUGCCUUAGUGCACAAGAAAUUGGAAUGUUUCUCGAGAAGAUUGGGUUUCAUCCCAAUACAACCAUAUAUUUGACCCAGACGGGGUGGCACAACAGCCUCGAUGCUCUCAGGAGUAUUUUCCCAAACACUUUUAUCAAGGAUGCUAUAAUGCCGGCGGAUGAAAAGGGGAAGUUCAUGGACAUGAAGAGUCGAGAGUUGGAAAGAUACAUCGACUAUUACAUGUGCAUGCAAGGUGACGUGUUUGUUCCAGCUUUGCCAGACAGAUUCUACACGAGCGUUGUGGGGGAAAGAAUUCGACUCGGCAAGACUCGGAUACUUGUCCCUGCGAAGAACACGUCUGAAUCGGCUGCUGAUUAUGUUUCUCCUUAUGUAGCUAAAAAGAGUCAUUUUGCCUAUUCGUGCUUGUGCUGA